UUUUUAAAUUAGUAGCAGACAAAUAGAACUUCGGAACAGAAGUUCUGAAUAGAAAACGCCUUAAAAAUGACUAGUAAAACGUUUGAAUUAAAUCCGGAUCCCGCUCAAAUAAAGAAAAAUAAAAAAUUUCCUUGGUAUUGUUUUCCGAUAUUCUGUGUGGCCUGGUAUUUACUCUUCUAUGUGGCUGCCAUACCGAGUUUUUAUUAUUAUCCCAAAACAAUAUUAAUGCGCGAUGAAUCUCGCCACCCCGAUGAGUUUGUGGGUGAAAGAGCUCAAAUCCAGCUGUUGGGUUUAUCGUUGAUUGGUGUAAAACUUACCGGUACCGUGGAAAAUGAAGUACAUGCUGUUAAUUUUCUACUUAAUGAAAUUGAGAAAAUUAAAGCGGCCUCCCGUCAAGAUCUUUAUGAUAUAGAGGUUGAUGUCCAACACUCUUCCGGCUCCUUUAUGCUGUGGGGCAUGGCUACCAGUUAUCAUAAUGUCUCAAAUGUUAUUGUAAAAAUAUCAGCAAAAAAUUCUUCCAGUGAUUCGUAUUUAUUGGUUAAUUCACAUUUUGAUUCGGAAGUUGGUUCACCGGCUGCAGCCGAUGCUGGUGUUAUGAUUGUGGUAAUGUUGGAAACUUUAAGGGUUAUAUCGAUUUCGGAGAAAGAACUUAAGAAUCCUGUGGUUUUCCUCUUAAAUGGCGCCGAAGAGAGUAAUUUGUUAGCCGCUCAUGGUUUUAUAACACAACAUAAAUGGGCGCCACAUUGCAAAGCUUUAAUCAAUUUGGAUUCCUCGGGAGGUGGCGGGCGAGAAGUACUUUUCCAAACUGGGCCCAAUCAUCCAUGGUUAGUAAAGUAUUAUCAAAAAGCUGCCAAACAUCCUUAUGCCACCACCAUAGCAGAGGAAUUAUUCCAAAAUAAUUUUGUACCCUCGGAUACUGAUUUUCGCAUCUUUAGAGAUUAUGGUGGAGUGCCUGGUCUAGAUAUGGCUCAUGCUUAUAAUGGUUAUAUUUAUCAUACCAAAUAUGAUAAUUUUCAAAAUCUACAAAGAGGCACUUAUCAAACAACUGGUGACAAUGUUUUAGCCCUAACGUGGGCUCUAGCCAAUGCUGAGGAGUUAAGAAACCCGGAGGAUCAUGCUGAGGGUCAUGCUGUUUAUUAUGAUUUUUUGGGUUGGUUUUUGAUUAGCUAUACUGAACCUACCGGUAUUGCUAUAAACAGUGUAGUAUGUUGUUGUGCCUUAAUAUUUAUGGGUAUUUCGCUAUACCUAAUUGCUAGAGUGGAGGAAAAAGAUGGUGGUGGUGAUGGCAAAUCGGUUUAUAUAAAGUUUCUGCAAAUAUUUUGUGUACAAGUUAUUACAUGUUUGGUCGCCAUUGGCUUAACUUUACUCAUUGCGGUGAUAAUGGAUGCUUUGGGUUUAACACAAACCUGGUAUUCGGAGGAAUGGUUAAUAUUUGGUCUAUACUUUUGUCCCAUGUUCUUUGCUAUGACAAUAAUACCCGGUAUUUUUAUACAAUGGUCUAAGAAAACGUCCCCUUUGGGUAUUAAUGAUACUAUAACCUGUUUUAUGCAUGCUCACUGCAUAAUAUUGGUUAUUAUUUGUAUUGUUAUGACUAGUAUGGGCAUUAGAUCUUCUUUCUUCCCCAUGAUUGCUAUAUUUUUCUAUACCAGUUCGGUUUUGUUGAAUAUGAUAAUAUCCAGAUUUACCACUAAAUGCUAUUAUAUAGCCUUGCAUUUGGUGUGUCAAGUUAUGCCUUUUUGGUUUUAUACCUAUUUGGCCUUUGUAUUUUUGAAUACCUUUAUACCCAUGCAGGGUCGUGAUGGUCCCGAAAAUAAACCUGAAAUCUUAAUCUCCUUAUUUGUAGCGGUAUUUACCUUACAUUUCGCCGGUUUUAUACUGCCAAUUUUACAUAAAUUCCAUAAGUCCAAAACUUUCAUCUCUAUAUUUGGUGUUUUAACUAUAAUAUUUAUUAUUAUUGCUGCCACACCUGCCGGUUUUCCCUAUAAGAAAGAUGUGGCUCCUCAAAGAUUUUAUGUUUUGCAUACCGAACGUGUUAUACGCGAUUAUGAUGGUAGAGUAUUAAAGAAUGAUACCGGCUUUUAUAUUCAACCGGUAGAUACCAGACCAAAUAGUUUAGCCGAUACUACUUUCCAAAAUGCCUUACCCAGCUCUUGGACAAAAACUGAGUGUGAGGAGGAAGUAUUUUGUGGUUUGCCUUUGUAUAGCUCUAGAUGGAUGGAUUGGAAAAAUUCAACUAUGUGGAUACCAGCUGCACGUCCAAAUCUAGUCAUACCCACCGAACUGAAACUUACCGGCAAAGUUUAUAAACCAGAUAAUAAAAUACGUUAUGAUUUUAGUUUAAAAGCUGCCGACAGAGUUGUCAUCUAUGUGGAUCCUUUGGCUGGAGUAAAUGUAACAGAUUGGUCGUUUGAUAGAACACCUUUAAAUGAAAACUAUGAAACACCCUAUUUUAUCUAUCAUGUUUACUCUAUGGAUGAUAGCCCCCUAAAGUUCUGGCUAGAAAUAGAGCAUUCUUUUAUACAAGUAGAAGGUCCCUAUUUACGUUUGGCUGUGGGUGCCCAUUUUCUUUAUCAUACUCACACUUAUACUAAAGAAUAUCAAGAAUUUCUGCAAACAUUCCCAGAAUGGGUUUAUCCCACUAAUUGGGCUGCCUCCUAUGAAAGCUGGCAAUUUUAAGUAAAUAAUUGAGAAAAGUUUUUUAAUUUAUUUUAAUUUAAAAUAAAAAAUUUUUAUUAUAUUUUCAUUUAAAA